CAGCCUGUAAGUGGUGCAAACUUUAAUUAUGCUCAUCAGUGCGUUCCGUUAGACUCUGUGCGUUUCCGUAACGGAAAAACGCUUGUGAAACCAGAUCAAGGAUGAGUGGCACAAACCGAGUGAGCUAGGAAAGAGAAUAUUGGUGUCGGAAUAACGCGUGUGAAGCCGGAUCAGGGAUGAGUGGAGCAAAUCGUGUGAGCCGGAAAAGGCAUUAAUUUUGGACCCUAAAGCCACAAUCAGUGGAAGCUGCACGGAUAUUUGAUGCUAACUUUCAUGAUAGAAGCACUGACGAAAAGGAACUCAGAAACCACUGUAAGCAUGAAUAAUUUCUAACUUGUAGUCUCAUACUCUUAUGUCGAUUUGUACAUGAAGUGCUUUUAAUAGUGGAAAUUUGAUAUGGUUAGUGCUCUAGAGCAACAAGCACUACGCAUCUAGAGUUCUAACAAACUUAGGUUACUGCUGAAGUAUGUAGACUGCCCACCUUUGCUAAAAAGAUGAGCUUUCGAAUAAACUAAUUGUUUCAUGGGGAAACAUGCUAUCGAGAGUCACGGUAAACCUCAUGGUUUCUUUCACGAAUCCAAAGAUGUGACGCAUGAUGAUCAGGAUCUCUUUAUGCCUUCAUUCAAAUGACAAAAGCAUUGUGUCUGCUGACUUUUGUUUGACCUGUCAUUUGGCGCUAUGAACAUUGGUCUAGGACAGUGGGACUAGAUAGUAUUUUUUUUCUACCCCUGAUAUUUUAGUUGUUUGAAGACAGUCAAAGUCUCUGGUAGUGGAGGACUAGUGUUGGAAGGUUUUCUUGUCUGUUCAACGAACAAUCAUCCGCGUGAAGGCUGAAACAUCAUGUGUUGUGGCCAGAAGAGCACAUAUUCAAUGAUUCUGGGGGCAAAUGGAAAAGUAGUCACUUAGUUCGCCGAAUUCCUGACUGACCAACCCAAUUCUUGCGUUUGCAGUAUCACACUACUUGCCUGCUUGGUAAAACCAGUGUUGAGUAGCGAAAGGGCGAAAGGAAACUGCUAGCCUGCUACUAGAUAACUAAUGAAUUUGGGUUGAAGUCGUGGAGACCAACACCACACCUAACCUAAUAAUAGCCGAUUGGAUGGAAGAAUGGAAGGACUGGUAGGUAGGAGGAGGAUGCCAUGGGGAGUUUGGAGCUUUAUGCAGGCAUAUAAGGGGCAUGUAGGUAGGAGGAAACAAAGAGGGAGUUGGGAGAGAGGAGUCAUGGAUAAGUGCUGUUCAUGCUCGUUGCCAUGUGGUGUGGGGGCUGGCUAAUUGGCCUUGGCCACGCCUCCCUGGAAGAUAUAACAGCAAAAGGGCGGCCUAGACCUACCUCUUUCCUUACCUUCUUCUUUCCCUCCCCCCCUAACCUAUAACUGUCCAGCAUGCAGAAUGGAUUCUUCCACCACAAGUGCGUGGCUGAGAAGUGGAAGGUAGAGCUACUGCACAUAACCAGACACCACUCCUCAACCAGACAACUAAGAACUAUUUCCCUACCUUCCUCUUGCCGGCAUUCAUGCUUUCUAGAAGUAAUGCCUACAAUUUAACAACUAAAGGGCCAUGGUUUAAGUGUUUUGUUAAAGGAAUAGGGAUUGCACUCUUUUUGCCAGUCAGGGUCUGAUUAUGGUACAACAGAGAUGGUUUACUUGAUUAGUUUGAUGCACCAAAAGAAUAGCUAUUUGAGUGUAUUAAAUCUGUGUGUAAUAAAAUGGUAGGAUGCCAAACUUGAUUUAUGGCCAACUAGCUUAUUUCUAGUUAGAAACCGUAACGAGGACUAGUCAUUGAUAGCUAUGCAAUAAAGCAGUUUGGUGUCUGAUAAUCUGACUUUCUGGUUUGCAUUGCAUGGUAGGCAAAUUGGUAAAUGCACCAGUUCUGCUCUGUUGAGAUGCAGCUACUUUCAAAAGAAUCCUAUUAUUAUAGAUUUAGCUUCAGCCUUGUGCUGAAAAGUGAUACAAACCAUCCCCUAACAUGUCGGCUUGAAAAUAAUAGAGAUUUGGAGUUAGAUCUGGAGGUGUAAUCACCCAAUUCUCGCAACAAAGGAAUUAUGGGGGCAAUACAGGAAGCAUGGACAUUUCAAGUAGAGGACCAUUGUGGAGUGUGAAGUCCCAAUCAUUCUGGCCCCAACUGAAGCAAAUGGUUUGGGAUAUUUCCCUCUCCUUGCACCCAACCAACUAUGGUCCAUAGUUUGGUAACCAUCCAAAAGAAUAUAUUAGGUAGGCAAAUAUUAUGUAAGCCCGUCUGGAUUUCAUCAUGGACAUGUAAGUUGCUCCUAACAUGGAACAAUUAAUGGUCCACCUCAGCAAGUCAUAGUUUCAUCUGCAUCCUCAGAAUGUUAUGCCCACAGCCUUCAUUACCGCGGAGGAUGAAUCCUAAUCUGUAGAAAAUUCAGCAUAUUCAUACUAAUCUCCGUUCUCCAUGAGCAAACGGCAAAGCACAUGUUGCGGAAGUCGAAUAAGUCCUGAUCAUAAUUGAUGGUGUCCUUAUUAAGCAUCACUGAUAACGUUAUCUUUUGCCAUGUGGAUUAGCGUAUACUCUAUUGCCAUGUGGAUUAGCAUAUAUAAAUACGAUAUCCAGGAGAUCUGGCUUGCUACAGAAAGAAAUAGGAAGCAGUUGCAGGACUAGCAAGUUUGGUGAAUCUUUUUAAUUUAGGGUUGACCAAGCAGCUCAACUAACCAAUACUAAUACUAGAGUACAAAACAGAAAUGCUGCAUAUGAAAGUAGUUUCAUCGGACUAUCGGCAAUUGGCAAAAACCAUGAUUGUGCAAGCAGACCAUACUAGUAGGCAAAAACAAAGAAAAAAGACGGUGGGUGGGCAAAAGAAAAUCCGUUUGAGCAGCGUCGGAUACCUGUUCCGCCUCAUCCUGUUUUAUUAUUGAAGAAUAAACAAGGAAAAGGGGUGUAUGAUGAGGGGGCUUCCUUUUGUUAAUACCUCAUCCAGUUUGCAUUAUGCACAUUGGCUUGUUAAAUGGAGAAAUGGUAAGAUGAUUGGGGCUCGUGAGAUCAGGGCUGUUUUUUUAAAAGUAUACAUGAAUGAUCCGUCUACAACUAAUACUCUGUCCUAGUAUACAAUACAGAUCAUCUCCAUGUCGACAUGAUUGUGUUGGAGAAUCAAAACAGCCCCCGUAGUCCAUAGACGACAUCAUGUAGGACACACGAAUUGCACUGCCCCUGGGUCACAACUGACAGGAGAGGUCCUAGAAAAUGGCUCGGGGAAUAGUCUCCAACGUGGCACAUAUUCUUCAUCUAAAUAAAAUUCUUGGCAGACAAAUUAUCAUUGAGUUUGUGUCUUACAGAAAGAUUGAGGUUCUAUAUCCGAUCUCGGCGAUCGUCGAUGCGGAUAAUUUACUUGUAGACUGAACGGGUUCGACACCCUGGCCCUGGAUUGAAUGGGUUAUUUGCUUGUGUUGCACGAGUAGUUUUUAGGCAGGGAGGGCAGCAUCAAGGGAAAGAGAGUGGGAGGGAGGGGAAAUUGGGUGGACCUAAUAAUCCCCCACAAACAACUUAGGAAGAGGGAGGCAUCACGGGUGGAUGCGGUUAGUUAGCUGUUAAAACCGAAGGCGCCAAGAGGGUAGGCAGGGGGAGCUUACCUCACUUUACACCUACCUGUGAGGCUUGUGAAUCGGGCAAGUAGGCAGGCAAAUGGAGCCUGUGUGUCCUGUGCCCUGUGGCUGGCUGUGUCGUUGUUGCCUUUCUAUCCUCCUCUUUGUGUGUGUGUGUGUGUGUGUGUAAUAAACUGGUAAACAAACCGGUGGGGUGCUGAGUUGAGGUGAGGUCAUGACCUGUGGGAGAGGGAGGGGGAGGCCUACCAGUGCCCGUACCAGCCUAACCUUUUUCCCACCAACUCAGCCUCUAGAAGACCUUCUUCCCCGAUCCAGUGCCAGUCAAGUGCAGUGCCGCCUAUAAAGAUCCAGCCUCCGGCUCACCCACCCCUCCCCGUAGCACUAGCCCCCAACAACAACAACAGCACCAACUUCCACUCCUGCAAACCCGACCCAACCCAACCCAACCCACCACCGAGCACAAGAAAAGGAGAGUCAUCGGCGGCGGCAGACCAUCUACAGAGAUAGUAAGAUGGGGAGGUCGCCGUGCUGCGAGAAGGCGCACACCAACAAGGGCGCCUGGACCAAGGAGGAGGACGACCGGCUCACCGCCUACAUCAAGGCGCACGGCGAGGGCUGCUGGCGCUCCCUGCCCAAGGCCGCGGGGUUGCUCCGCUGCGGCAAGAGCUGCCGCCUCCGCUGGAUCAACUACCUCCGCCCCGACCUCAAGCGCGGCAACUUCAGCGAUGAGGAGGACGAGCUCAUCAUCAAGCUCCACAGCCUCCUGGGCAACAAAUGGUCUCUGAUAGCCGGGAGACUCCCAGGGAGGACGGACAACGAGAUCAAGAACUACUGGAACACGCACAUCAGGAGGAAGCUCACGAGCCGGGGGAUCGACCCGGUGACCCACCGCGCGAUCAACAGCGACCACGCCGCGUCCAACAUCACCAUAUCCUUCGAGACGGCGCAGAGGGACGACAAGGGCGCCGUGUUCCGGCGAGACGCCGAGCCCACCAAGGUAGCGGCAGCGGCAGCGGCGAUCACCCACGUGGACCACCAUCACCAUCACCGUAGCAACCCCCAGAUGGACUGGGGCCAGGGGAAGCCACUCAAGUGCCCGGACCUGAACCUGGACCUGUGCAUCAGCCCCCCGUCCCACGAGGACCCCAUGGUGGACACCAAGCCCGUGGUGAAGAGGGAGGCCGGCGUCGGCGUCGGCGUCGUGGGCCUGUGCUUCAGCUGCAGCAUGGGGCUCCCCAGGAGCGUGGAGUGCAAGUGCAGCAGCUUCAUGGGGCUCCGGACCGCCAUGCUCGACUUCAGAAGCAUCGAGAUGAAAUGAGCAGAGCAGAGCAGAGCACCCCCUCCCUCCUCUCUCCUGUGACUUGGAUAUUGGUUUAGCCUGUAGGUGAAAAUACAGCGAGUGAAAGAGAUGCAAGAAGAAAGAGCGAUGAUCUUGUGGUGCCCUGUUUCGCCAGGAUCAUCUCCUUUCCUUCUUUAUGCCCUCUCGUUGCUCCAUUUUGUUUGUCCGGUUGUAAAAAAAAAUUACCGUUUGACUAAUCAUGGGCAAUAAUACUCUGGUGCUGGGUGGCUCACUGUAUAAAUUACAGGAGUGCUUUCAAGAAA